AUGACGAUGGGGGAAUACACCCUCAGUACAUACGAGGUACCGUCCGAGAAGUACUGGCUGUGGUACGGGAUGGUCUACAUGGCAGCCACGUACGUGCUCUUCCUGUUCCUGUCUUGCAUCGCACUAGAGUACCAUCGCUUCGAGCGUCCAGAAAAUGUUGUACUUACAGAUGAGAGCAAAGUUGACGCAAAAGACAGCUACACGCUCACUCGAACGCCGCGAGGAUCAAAGAAACACAGCGAGUUCCAGGAUUUGUGGUACACUGUACCAGACCCGACCAACCCGAAGAGAACAAUCGACUUGCUGAAAGGCAUCUCUGGGUAUGCACUACCAGGCACUAUCACUGCGCUUAUGGGCUCGUCUGGAGCUGGCAAGACGACGCUGAUGGACGUGAUUGCUGGGCGGAAGACUGGCGGUCAGAUCCGCGGUCAGAUUCUGCUCAAUGGUCAUCCUGCCACAGAUCUGGCUAUUCGACGUUCGACGGGGUACUGUGAGCAGAUGGACAUUCACUCCGAGUCGUCUACCAUUCGUGAGGCGUUGACAUUCAGUGCGUUCCUACGUCAAGGCGCCGAUAUUCCAGACAGUCACAAAUAUGAUUCUGUAAACGAGUGUUUAGAUCUUCUAGAUCUAAAUCUGAUCGCUGACCAGAUCAUCCGUGGCAGCUCCGUGGAGCAGAUGAAGAGACUGACGAUCGGAGUGGAACUCGCUGCACAGCCGAGUGUCUUGUUCCUGGACGAACCGACGAGUGGGUUGGACGCUCGAUCGGCCAAGUUGAUCAUGGAUGGAGUUCGAAAAGUGGCGGAUACGGGGCGUACCAUCGUGUGUACCAUCCACCAGCCAUCUUCCGAGGUUUUCAGUGUGUUCGACAGUCUGUUACUGUUGAAACGUGGCGGUGAGACAGUCUUUGUUGGCGAGUUAGGUGACAACGCACGUGAAAUGAUCGAGUACUUCGAGUCGCUUGAAGGUGUAGCAACGCUUGAAGCCGACUACAACCCGGCUACGUGGAUGUUGGAGGUGAUCGGUGCUGGUGUCGGCUUGGGUGCGCUCUUUGGUAUUUCGUACGCGGGUGCAGAGUACACGUCGUACUCUGGUAUCAAUUCCGGUUUGGGAAUGGUUUACUUGGCCGUGGGAUUCAUUGGUUUGGUGUCGUUCAACGGCUUGAUUCCUGUUGUUGCCGAGGAACGCUCGGUGUUCUACCGUGAGCGAGCGUCACAGACGUACAAUGCUCUUUGCGAUAUUGGCUCUCGUGAUGGCAAGCCAGCGAAAUAUCGUGCAACAAAACCCCUCACGUAUCUUGCUCCGCAGGGUCCUGAAGGUAGCGAGACCAGAAGCAUUAUUCGAGAAGGGCGCCGGACAUGGAAUAUUUUGAUGCGAGGGGGUGUCGCAUCGGCGCACUCGGAGAAGCGAGGAUGUGGGUCUGUGAUGGUCUGCGGGAAAGUCAUGGACGGUGGCGUUAAGUAA